CUGUAGGCUCUUCUUCUCAGGUGGGCUUGGCUUGGUGCAGCCUGAUCCAAAUUGGUGAACGAUGAAGCUUCAUGAUUGAUGGAGGGGAGUGGAAUAUACAUAUUUCUCAAGGUUAAGACAUUAGUCUUUUUCUUCUGAAGGUUGUAGCCGGGCAUUCGUGAGUGAUUGGGAGGAGAGUUUGGGUUUCUGCCUGGUGGAGAACAAGAUGGGGAAGUGCAUGUGGCAAGCAUGUGAAUGAUGACCAGUCAGGGCAAUCAUCCGAAUGGCGACCAGGCAGGCAAGGUUAAGGAGGGCAUUCAUGGGUAGAUUUGGAGGAGAAAGUGUACGGUUUUCUCCCUGGUGGAGAAACAAAACAUGAGGAAGUGCCCUGUGGCAUGUGAAUGACGACCAGGCAGGCAAGGUUAAGGAGGGCAUUCAUGAGUGGAUUUGGAGGAGACUGCGUACGGGUUACUUCCUGGUGGAGAACAAAACAUGAAGAAGUGCCCUGUGGCGAGCAUGUGAAUUACGACCAGGCAGGCAAGGUUAAGGAGGGCAUUCAUGAGUGGAUUUGGAGGAGACGGUGUACGGGUUUCUUCCUGGUGGAGAACAAAACAUGAGGAAGUGCCCUGUGGCGAGCAUGUGAAUGAGGACCGGUCAGGGAAAGCAUCCGAAUGACGACCAGGCAAGCAAAGUUAAGACAUUAUACUUCUGAAGGUUGUAGAAGGGCAUUCGUGAGUGGAUUUGGAGGAGACAGUGUGUGGGUUUCUUCCUGGUGGAGAACAAGACGAGGAAGUGCGAUGUGGCAUGCGUGCGAAUGAUGACCUGUCAGGGCAAAAAAGGAAAAAGCCAUACAGAUGGCAACCAGACUGCAAGAAGUGGCACUAUGGACAUAGGUAUCACAUUGCUGCAAUCUUAACACAAUCUCCUCGAUGCCUGUGCUGGUGAACGAUUUAGUCUCCGAGGAGAGUGAAAAAGAGGAUUUUGGAAAAGCUGGAGGUGUGGGAAUGGAGGAGGAAGCCAAGCACAGUGGGGUGAUAGGUGUGGAGGAGGGUGACAAGACGGGUGGUGAGGGUGAGCAAGAAAUUGUGGAGAGGGAUAGAGAGGAAGGCCUGGGAGUGGAGGGAUAUAAGGCCAGGGAAAGGAAGACUCAGAGAACCAAGCACUCGGAGAAAAAAGUAGGGAGGUUUUUGAAGGCAAAGAGGAGGAGGUAGAUGGGGAGGAUCGUGGUGGGAGAAGGAAACAGCAAGAAAGGUUGCAAAAUCCAAGGCCCUCAAAGCCGUUUUAUGUUCCCAUCUUUUGUACCUCCAACCGAAGUCCCUCCUGAUCAUUGGUAUUAUGUGUCCCCGGUACAGCACUCUGGACUAAAUAAAGCCUCACAUGUAAGGUAGCAAGGCGCGCAAGAUGAGGCGGCGGCGGCUGGAAUGGGAACAGAGAAAUUUCUGAAUGGUGCGACUUUCAUUUGGUUGGCGGAAGAUUCGAUUUGAAAACUCUGGAAGAACAAUUGCUAUGUGUCCCACAUACAAAAUGUGCUGGUUGAUUUUGAACUAUUUAUCGUGGCCUACGAUGGCAGUCUCUAGCUGAAAUGCACACAAAGUCUUGUCAUUCCACGACGUAUAUAGAAACCGGUUUUCAGCUUUCACUGUUCAAAUAUUUGUGGAUGUCCCAUGACAAAGAGAAACCAUUCACCUGAUUGCUGUCAAAAAGCCGCUUGAAGCCGGUUUUCAGCUUUCACUGUUCAAAUAUUUCAGCAGCAGACAAGCUGCAAAACCCAAGGCUCUUGAAGCCAUUUGAUGUUCCCAUCUUGUCUACCUCCAACCCAAGCCCCUCCCGGUCAUUGGUAUUAUUUGUCACCACUGCAACAUUCUGGACAUCAACGAAACUAACAUGUAAUACAAAGCGCAAGCAGGGUGUCGAAGACGGGGGGAGAGGAGGGUGGAAUGCGAAUAGAGCAUGGAAAAGUGAACGGCUUUUUGACAGCAAUCAGACGACUGGUAGCAGGUUAAUGGUUUCUCUUUGUCAUGGGACGUCCACAAAUGUUUGAACAAUGAAAACUUAGUUUCUUUAUAUGUUGUGGGAUGACCAGAUGUCUUUAUAUGUUGUGGGACGACCAGAUUUGGGACACGUGAUGAAGAGUUCCAAAUCAAUCAGCAAAUUUUGUUUUUGGGACACACAGCAAACUUCGACUAUGUGUAUGCUCACACAAACCUUCCGCAACUGAAAUCAGUUCCCACGCUUAUUUAUCAUUAGUAUUUUUCUUUUUUUAACAAACUCCAGACAGUCCGUGUGGAAUUUGUGGAUGCAUGCUAUCAAUCUAUCCUCUCAACGAGCUUUCUAAAAUCGAGAAACUUCGAAUUGGUCCAAUUGGGCAUAUUUUUACGACACGGUGCAGAAUCACACGGAGGUGGAGAGGGGAGAAUUGAAGCUUGAGCGGGGAAAAUCCUAUUGGCGUAUGUGGAUGGAUAUAUUAUGCUCUAUCACUGAAUGAAGUUAAAAGGUGAUGACAUUUAAUGUGUGCUGUCAAUGCUAUCACUAAGGCCAGGCAAGUUUUCAAAGGACUGAGAGCUAAUAUUCAUUAUUGUCAUUAUCCUGCUCAUCAGAAAUGGGCAUGAACUAGUGUGCAUGUCACAAGCUGACCAGUGCCCCAAAGCUUUACCAACUGUCUGACAUACCGUUUCCCUCGCAGCACUCUGUGUCAUUAUGUUUGCCACACCUAUGUAAUCAAAGAGGUGGAAAAGC